AUGACUCAUCAAUUAAACAUUGUAUCACUUUUAUUGUUUUUGAUUAGUACGUCCUCUGAAAUAUGCGAAGCUGGCUAUUAUCUAAGUGCUGGGUAUUGUGUAAAAUGCAUAAAAGGUUUUUAUUCUAUUGGAGGGACUGUUGGCGAAUGCACAAGAUGUGACGAGUUGUGUGCGACCUGCGAUAAAACAAAUGGGAAUUGCACAAGUUGUGUUGGUGGAUGUGGCUUCAAUGGUCGAGGAUGCUCAUUGUGUCCAGCUGGGUAUUUUUCACCUGGUGGAAUAAGUACAUGCACAGUGUGUCGGAGUGGUAGUUACUCGUUUGGUGGUGCUUCUGUGUGUUCAAGUUGCGAUUCUACAUGUGGUAGUUGUGAUAAAACCAAUGGCAACUGCACAACGUGUAAUUCUGGUGAUAUAUUGACGGAUGGCAGAUGCACACCAUGUUGGGCGGGGACGUAUCCAAAUGGCGAUAUGUGUGUGGAGUGUCCACCUAACUAUUACUCAUCAAGCGGUUCCUUUUCAUGUACAAAAUGCGACACGGCGUGUGUGACAUGCAAUUCAACGAAUGGGUAUUGCACAUCGUGUCAAAUUGGAUAUGCCACAAACAACAACGUGUGUACAAUAUGUGCAAGUGGGUAUUACGAGCACAAUAACGCAUGCAAGCCGCGUGAGAAUGGGACGCAUUCAUCGACAGGUGGGAGCACUGCAUGCACGCCGUGUCAGGGUGGGUAUUACAAUCUGAUUGGGUAUUCCGAGUGUGUACAUUGUGAUGGUCUGUGUGGUGAUCGCUGUGAUGCUGCAAGUGGGAAGUGUCUGAGUUGCAUAAGUGGAUAUGUCUUACAACCAACAGGCGAGUGUGUUGGCUGUGAAUGUGGGCAAUAUGCAAAUGUAGCAACAAACAGCUGCAAGUUGUGUGCGGCUGGAACGUAUUCGAAUCAGAAUUCGACGUCUUGCACAAGUUGUGGUGAUGGGACGUAUUCCAAAGAAGGUGCCACCAGAUGUAAGGCAUGUUUAUCCAUUUGCAACACCUGUGACAAAACAACUGGUGUGUGUCUGACAUGUUAUUCAGGGUACCAACUGAACGCCUCACAGAGCUGUGAGAUAUGCCGACGUGGGACAUACUCAUAUGGCACAAAAUGUGUUGACUGUGAAGAGAUGAAAUACCAAAGUGAAAAGGGACAGUCUUUCUGUCUUGCAUGCAGUGCAAAUUGUGCGUCGUGUGAUAAAACAAAUGGAAAAUGCACCACAUGCAAAGCUGUAUACGGUUAUGAUAGUGGAAGUUGUACAUUGUGUCCUGAUGGUUAUUAUUCCACAGGCAAGACUGGAAGUUGCAUACCGUGUCCAGUUAUUUGUGAUAAUUGCAUCGGAGAGAGUGGCGCGUGUUCGUCGUGUUCAUCUGGUUUUAAAAAAGUUGGAGGUGAAUGUACAUCUUGUGCAUCAAAUGGGAAUUGCAAUUCGUGUGAUUUAAACGAAAAUGAGAGCAACAGAGUGUGUGUUGAAUGUGCAGAGAAUUGUUAUUUGGAUGAUGAAGACAACAGUUGCUUCUUGUGCAACACAAUUGAUUCCAACUGUGACAAAUGUUCAAGAAAUGCAAAAGUGUGUGUCUUGCAUGCAAAGACGACUUUGUGA